AUGGAUUUCAGUAAAACAAAUGUCACCGAUUUGGAUAUUUGGUCAAUAUAUCAACGGAAAAGUUUUCCGCUUAUUCGUCCUCAAACUUUAUCCAAUGUAUCGCAACUUUUUUCAUCGAAUUUUACUCGUGUUAUUUUUGUCCGUCAUCCAUUAGAGCGUUUAGCAUCUGCUUAUGUCGACAAAAUAGCUUCGCUCACGAAUGAGCCAUUUUUAUUAUAUGAUUCAAUACGUCGAGCAAUUUGUCGAAAAUAUUCUUCAUUUUAUCUGACAGAUGCGCAACGUAACUUUUAUCGUAUUCAUAGACGAAUAUCAAAAAAAAUCGAAGAGCCAUGCCGUAACGUAAUUCCAAAAUUUGAGCAUUUUAUUGCUUAUAUUAUGUCUAAUUCAAUGAUAAAGGAUGUUCAUUGGUAUCCUUAUUCAAAACUAUGUUAUACAUGUUUAUUUAAAUAUAAUUUUAUUGGAAAAUAUGAAACAAUUGAAGAAGAUCUUGGAAGAUUAUUAACAUAUCUUGGAUUAGAAUCAAAGGAUUGGAACAAUGUCAACUACUUUAGGACUGGAAAAACAAGAGAACAUUAUAAAUCAAUGUAUUCAGAUUUAAAUAAUCAAUUACUUUGUACCUUGAAAUAUGUCUACCGAGACGACUUUAAAUUAUUUGAUUAUCGACUGGAAGAUUAUUUAGCAGAUAAGAAAACGAUUGCAUGUUCUCCAUCGCAUGAAAGACAACUAAGAAAAACAUAUAAGAAAUUGAAUUUGUUUUAA